CGGGGCGGGGCGGCGGUGCCGUGUCCGUCCGUCCGUCCGUCCGUCCGUGCGGGGUGCUCCGGACCGCUGCGGCGCCGCGGGAGCGAUGGCGGCCGGCGGGUACGGGCGGUACCGGGCUGCGAUCUUCGCGGCCAUGUUCGUGGGCUACACGCUCUAUUACUUCAACCGCAAAACCUUCUCGUUCGUCAUGCCCGCUGUCAUGGCCGAGGUGCCGCUGGGGAAGGACGACCUGGGUCUCAUCACCAGCAGCCAGUCGGCAGCCUACGCCAUCAGCAAGUUCAUCAGCGGCGUCCUUUCGGACCAGAUGAGCGCCCGCUGGCUCUUCUCCUCCGGCCUCCUCAUGGUGGGCUUGGUCAACGUGGUCUUCUCCUGGAGCUCCACCGUCAUGGCCUUCGCCGGGCUCUGGUUCCUCAACGGCCUGGCCCAGGGGCUGGGCUGGCCGCCCUGCGGCAAGAUCCUGCGCAAGUGGUUUGAGCCUUCCCAGUUUGGGACUUGGUGGGCAAUCCUGUCUACGAGCAUGAACUUGGCUGGAGGCUUAGGCCCCAUUGUUGCUGCUCUUGUGUCUAUGAACUACGAUUGGCGCAAGACUUUGUCCUUCUCUGGCUUCACCUGCAUGGUUGUCUCUUUUGUUUGCCUUGUCCUGAUUAAAAACGAGCCGGCAGAUGUUGGGCUGCCCAACAUUGAGCAAGGAGCCAAGAAAGGAAAGAAAGGUGCCUCCAGCGACAACAGCACCUUGACAGAGCUGCUGCUCUCCCCAUACCUCUGGGUGCUCUCAACAGGCUACCUGGUCGUUUUUGGAGUGAAAACUUGCUGUACUGACUGGGGACAGCUCUUCCUGAUCCAGGAGAGGGGACAGUCCAUGCUUGUAGGCAGUUCCUACAUGAGUGCCUUGGAAAUUGGGGGCCUAGUGGGAAGCAUUGCUGCUGGAUACCUUUCUGAUAGAGCAGUAGCAAAAGUAGGGCUGUCCAGCUAUGGGAACCCCCGGCACGGGCUCCUGCUCUCCAUGAUGGCUGGGAUGUGUGUGUCCAUGUUCCUCUUCCGGAUCACAGUCACGGGUGACUCUCCCAAGCUGUGGAUUCUGACUCUGGGAGCUGUGUUUGGGUUCUCCUCGUAUGGGCCGAUUGCCCUGUUUGGGGUCAUAGCCAAUGAAAGUGCCCCUGCCAACUUGUGUGGCACCUCCCACGCCAUAGUGGCCCUCAUGGCCAAUGUUGGGGGUUUCCUGGCUGGACUGCCUUUCAGUACAAUUGCCAAGCACUACAGCUGGGCCACAGCCUUCUGGGUAGCUGAAGUCACCUGUAUUGCUAGCACAGUGGCUUUCUUCCUCCUGCGGAACAUCCGCACCAAGAUGGGCCGGAUUUCCAGGAAGGCUGACUGAGGAUGAGCUGCAUGGUGGAAAGGAUGUUCCCACGCUGAUGUGAAUGAUGCUCGUUUUUGUUUAACUGGCCUAGGAGUGAGUUUACCUAUUGCUGCAACCUAGAUAAAAAUGUCUCAACUUCUCAUCCAGUGUCAGGUGCCAGAGGGCACAAGGUUCCUGCUACUGAUCACUUUUUCCCUCAAGAUGUGAUAAUUCACCUAGUUUACAUUUGCAAUGAUUUUACUGUACCUCUUCCUCACAGCACUGUUAGUGAAGCAAGCAGGCUCUGCAGCCCAAACUUCCCCGCUACAUGUGGUCUGAAAUGACUGCCUUCAGGUGCACUUACCUCUAGUUUUGUCAUUAUUGUUUGUCUCAGCCAUUAACUGAGACAUUAAUUGGUUCAGCUUCGCUGGUCAGGGGCCCUGAACCGAGCCUUGCUGCCUGCGUCCGUCCCAUCCAGCUGCCUGAGCACAGCUGUCCAGGUCACUUCAUCACGAGCUCUGUGUGUGCUCAGCCACGUGGCAGCAGCACACCAGGGAAUGGUGAGGACUGCAGUCCAGCCUCUGAGAGCAACAAGGCUGUAGCUCCAUGUGUUCUAGGAGUGAGGGAGCGGACAAGGGAGCAGCGGGACAAGCUGCAGCAGGGCUCUCCGCAGCAUUUAGAAACAGGCACGUUUCCAGGGAAUUCAUGGCCUCUAGAGCAGCUCCUUCUAAGUGAACUGAUCCCACCUGGUGCAUGUCUGUGUGCAGUGUUAAUGAUUUGCAAGGCAGACAGCUGCUGCCAAGGCAGCUCGUAGCCAGUGCUCCGCAAAUCAGCCAGGAAAACUAUCCCAGCAGCAAUUGCAACAGUAGCCACCACCAACACACAAUUUCUGCAGCUGGGUUUCUCGAUAACUCACAUUUCUAGCAUUGGCUUGUAUUUCUUCAGUACAAGGUGUGAAGACUGGGAUAGUUUUGGUCAAGAGCUGUGUCUCUCAUGGCUGCAGGCAGGGGCUCAGGCUGCCUCUGAGUCAGCCUUAGCAGAGCCAUCACUGACAGCCUUAGCAGUCAGGCCCAGCACCUUGCAGUAAGUACACUCAGGUAUUUAACCAGGAUUUUGUUAAAUAUUCUUGUUUUUCCCCAAAAGGUUUUACUGUCUCAGGAUCCUGAAAGAGGCACAUUCAACUCUUAAAGAACCUGCAUGCAGGUACUUUGUUGAGUACCUUGCUUGCAAGAGUAGUUAGCUAGCCUUAAUUAAGUAAAUGGAAGUGAAUUACAUUUUGUACUUAAUUACAUGAUCUUCUUCUAUAUCUGAAAUAAAAAUGGAGCAGUAUCA